AUGGUGGUGAUAGAAACCGGAUGCAACGGCAAAGAGGUGCAUGCUGGGUACUAUCUCCUGGUUCCCAGACGCGGCCCUGUCCUCAGCCGCAUAAACGGGAAUGGUGGAGGGGGGGCAUGGUGGCCGUGUGGGCGUGUGGGCUCGGGGAAGUCCUCUUUACUAGCAGCCAUCCUGGGGAGAUGGAGAAGAGGAGCAGCGGCUCAGCAAACACCAGGGUGA